AUGUCUUCUCUAAAAGUGCUGGAUGGGUGCCCCUAUGGGUAUCGACCAUAUCCGGACAGUACCACUAAUGCAUUAAAUCCGUGUUUCUUAUCCGUGCUGUCAGCAUGGCAAGCCGUGUUCUUCAUACUGGUAGGGGCCUAUCAAUUGUGGAAACUUUACAUGAAUGAAAAUGUUCCACUCAGGCUUAAGAAAUUUCCCAUACUUCCAAGUAAAAUCAGUAGCCAACAUAUAACGCAUUUGAUCAACGUUGGCUUCCAAUCCACUCUUAUACUUUGUCAAAUAGCCUUAGUGUCUCAACUAGGCGAUGGGAUAUAUCCACCUAUAUUGAAGAGGGCUUUAUACUUAAAUCUUCUUUUCAAUUUAGGUAUUUCUCUCCCUACUCAAUAUUUAGUGUACUUUAAAAGUACAUAUUCUAUGGGCAGCCAGCUUUUCUAUUAUAUGUUGCAAAUUUUCCUGCAAAUUUUCCUAGUAUUGCAAAGAUAUUACCAUGGCUCUAGUGAUCGAAGCCUCACCUUAAUUAAUGGACAAGCAGCUAUGGUUUUGGAACUCCUCCUUCUCUUCAGUUCCAUGUCAAUUUUCAUUUAUGAUCUCUGUUUUUUCGAACCAAUUAAAGAACUAACUGAAUAUUACAAGGAGAAUGGUUGGUAUCCACCCGUCCAUAUAUUAUCUUAUAUCACGUUUAUCUGGAUGAAUAAGUUGAUUGUGGAAACUUACCGUGAUAAGAAAAUCAAAAAUCCCAACCAGUUGCCUCUACCGCCGGUGAAUUUGAAUAUUAAGUCAAUAGGCAAGGAGUUCAAAGGUAAUUGGGAAUUGGAGAAAUGGCUGAAUAGGAACUCUCUUUGGAGGGCUAUUUGGAAGUCAUUUGGUAAGACUAUUGCCAUAGCUAUGCUGUACGAAACCACAUCUGACCUACUUUCUGUGGUACAGCCUCAAUUCUUGCGGAUAUUCAUAGAUGGCUUUAACCCAGAGGCGCCCUCUAAGUACCCCUCUUUGAACGGUGUAUUUAUUGCUCUUACUCUUUUCGUCGUCAGUGUGGUUUCUGUGUUCCUUACGAAUCAAUUUUAUAUUGGGAUUUUUGAGGCUGGUUUGGGGAUAAGAGGUUCCUUAGCUUCUCUAGUAUACCAAAAAUCUUUAAGAUUGACACUAGCUGAGCGUAAUAAUAGGUCAGCCGGUGACGUUUUAAAUCUGAUGUCCGUGGACGUAUUAAGAAUUCAGAGGUUUUUUGAAAAUGCCCAAACCAUUAUUGGUGCCCCUAUUCAAAUUAUUGUUGUUUUAAUGUCCCUUUAUUGGUUGUUAGGAAAGGCUGUUAUCGGUGGUUUGAUUACUAUGGCUAUUAUGAUGCCCAUCAACGCUUACUUAUCAAGAAAGGUAAAAAAACUAUCAAAGACUCAGAUGAAGUACAAGGACUUGAGGAUUAAGACAAUAACAGAAAUUUUAAAUGCUAUAAAAUCUAUUAAGUUGUACGCUUGGGAGGAACCUAUGAUGGAGAGAUUAAACCAUGUUCGUAAUGACAUGGAAUUGCAGAAUUUUAGGAAAAUUGGUAUUGUGAGUAACCUGAUAUAUUUUGCCUGGAAUUGUGUGCCCUUAAUGGUAACUUGCUCCACCUUUGGGUUAUUUUCUUUAUUUAGUGACACGCCAUUAUCUCCUGCUAUUGUUUUCCCUUCAUUAUCUUUAUUCAAUAUUUUGAACAGUGCCAUCUACUCCGUUCCGUCGAUGAUAAACACGAUUAUAGAGACAAGCGUUUCCAUGGAAAGACUGAAGUCAUUUCUACUUAGUGACGAAAUUGACGAUUCGUUUAUUGAACGUAUUGAUCCUUCAAUGAGUGAAAGAACGCUGCCUGUAAUAGAGAUGAAUAAUAUAACUUUUCUAUGGAAAUCAAAGGAGGCGUUGGCAUCUGGCCAAUUUGAGGGUAAUUCAAAUGCAGAUGAAGAAUCUAUUAUUGGGUCUUCCCAAAUUGCAUUGAAGAAUAUUGAUCAUUUUGAGGCAAAAAGAGGUGAUUUAGUUUGUGUUGUCGGUCGUGUAGGUGCUGGUAAAUCAACGUUUUUGAAGGGAAUUCUUGGCCAGCUCCCUUGCAUGAGUGGUUCUAAGGGGUCGAUACCACCCAAACUAAUUAUUAGAGCAUCUUCUUUAGCGUACUGCUCACAAGAAUCCUGGAUUAUGAAUUCCUCAGUAAGGGAAAAUAUUCUAUUUGGUCACAAGUUUGAUAAGGCUUACUAUGACCUUACGAUCAAGGCAUGUCAAUUGCUACCUGACUUGAAAAUCUUACCAGAUGGUGAUGAAACUUUGGUGGGUGAGAAGGGCAUUUCUCUAUCAGGCGGACAGAAGGCUCGUCUUUCGUUGGCCAGAGCUGUGUAUUCGAGAGCCGAUAUCUAUUUGCUGGAUGAUGUCCUAUCUGCUGUUGAUGCAGAGGUUAGUAAAAAUAUUGUUGAAUAUGUCUUGAUAGGGAAGGCUGCUUUAUUAAAAAAUAAAACUAUCAUUUUAGCCACUAAUACCGUACCAAUUCUAAAACAUUCACAGAUGAUAUACGCCCUCGAGAAUGGCGAAAUCAUCGAGCAAGGGAAUUAUGAGGGUGUGAUGAACCGUGAGAAUACCAAUUCAAAGUUGAAGAAGCUGUUAGAAGAAUUUGACUCUCCCAUUGAUAACGGAAGUAAAAGUGACAUUCAAACUGAACACCGAUCCGAAAGUGACAUGGAUGAGCCCUUACAGCUUAAAGUCGUUGAAUCCGAAACCGAAGACGAGAUUGCUACUGAAGGUGAAUUAGAACUUAUUAAAGCCAACUCUAGAAGAGCUUCCUUAGCUACAUUGAGACCUAGGCCCUUCGUAGGAGUACAAUUUGAUUCUGCAAAGAAGACAGCACAAGAAGCUGAGAAGACCGAGGUUGGUAGAGUCAAGUCCAAAGUCUAUCUUGCAUAUAUUAAAGCAUGUGGUGUUUUGGGCGUUGUUUUGUUUUUUUUGUUUAUGAUAUUAACAAGAGUUUUCGACUUGGCAGAGAAUUUCUGGCUAAAGUAUUGGUCGGAAUCCAAUGAAAAAAAUGGUUCAAAUGAAAGAGUUUGGAUGUUUGUAGGUGUUUAUUCCUUAAUUGGGGUUGGAUCGGCCGCAUUCAAUAAUCUGAGAAGCAUCGUGAUGUUACUCUAUUGUUCUAUCAGGGGCUCUAAGAAGCUGCACGAAAACAUGGCAAAAUCCGUCAUCAGAAGCCCUAUGGUCUUUUUUGAGACCACCCCAGUUGGGAGGAUCAUAAACAGAUUUUCAUCUGACAUGGAUGCCGUUGAUAGCAGUCUGCAAUACAUUUUCUCAUUCUUUUUCAAAUCAAUACUUACCUAUUUGGUUACCGUUAUAUUAGUUGGGUACAAUAUGCCGUGGUUUUUUGUGUUCAAUAUGUUCUUGUUGGUAAUCUACAUUUACUAUCAAACAUUUUACAUUGUGCUAUCCAGGGAAUUGAAAAGGUUGAUCAGUAUAUCUUACUCACCUAUUAUGUCAUUAAUGAGUGAAAGUUUGAACGGUUAUUCUAUCAUUGACGCGUACGACCAUUUUGAAAGAUUCAUCUAUCUCAAUUACGAGAAAAUCCAAUAUAAUAUCGAUUUUGUCUUCAAUUUUAGAUCUACGAACAGAUGGCUCUCCGUCAGAUUACAAACCAUUGGUGCCACGAUUGUUUUGGCUACUGCAAUGCUGGCAUUAACAACAAUGAAUACCAAAAAGCAACUAAGUUCGGGUAUGGUUGGUCUGUUGAUGAGCUACUCAUUAGAGGUCACAGGUUCGUUAACUUGGAUUGUAAGAACAACUGUGAUGAUCGAAACUAAUAUUGUUUCAGUGGAAAGAAUUGUUGAGUAUUGUGAAUUACCAUCUGAAGCUCGAUCCAUUAAUCCUGAAAAUAGACCAGAUGAAAGCUGGCCAUCAAAGGGUAGUAUCGAAUUUAAAAACUACUCCACGAAAUACAGAGAAAAUUUGGACCCAGUGCUUAAGGACAUCAAUGUGAGGAUUAAGCCGUGUGAAAAAAUUGGUAUUGUUGGACGAACGGGUGCAGGAAAAUCUACAUUGAGCUUAGCUUUAUUUAGAAUUCUAGAACCUACUGAAGGUUCAAUUGUCAUUGACGAUAUUAACAUAUCCGAUUUGGGCUUGUUUGAUUUGAGAAGCCAUUUAGCUAUUAUUCCUCAGGAUGCACAGGCAUUUGAAGGUACCGUAAGGACCAAUUUGGAUCCUUUCAACCGUUACUCAGAAGGCGAGCUAAAGAAGGCCGUUGACCUGGCGCAUUUAGGUCCUCACUUGGAGAAAAUGCUUGAUAACGAAAUAAGAGGUGCUGAUGGUGCUGCUGAAGAGAAUGGCAACGUUUCAGAUGUUCUAAAUGUUAAGAUUAAUGAGAAUGGUACUAACUUGUCAGUAGGUCAAAGACAAUUACUAUGCUUAGCGAGGGCGCUCCUGAACCGCUCCAAGAUAUUGGUUCUUGAUGAGGCUACAGCUUCAGUAGAUAUGGAAACGGACAAGAUCAUUCAAGAUACAAUCAGAAGAGAAUUCAAAGAUCGUACGAUCUUAACAAUUGCACAUCGUAUCGAUACUGUGUUAGACAGCGAUAAAAUUAUUGUUCUUGAUGAGGGCACUGUGAAAGAAUUCGACUCACCCUCAAAAUUACUAUCUGACAAAGCGUCUAUUUUUUACAGUCUUUGUGAGAAAGGGGGGUAUUUGAAACAAUAA